AUGCUACGGAUUCGUCUACGGCGCGUAGGGAAAAAAGGCCGCCCUUACUACCGAAUCGUCGUCACCGAAAAGCGCAACCCACGGGAUGGGGCUUACAUUGACGGCAUCGGCCACUACGACCCGAUGACGGACCCACCGACAGUGACACUGGACGAGAGCCGGGCCAUUGACUGGCUGCGCAAGGGCGCCCAGCCUUCUGAUCCGGUCCGACAGAUGUUCGAACGCAAUGACAUUUUCAGCAAGGUUCACCCCAGCAAGGUCGACGCCGAUGAAAGAGCUGAUUGA